AACAUUCAUUUUACUUAGUUUCCAUAGGAUUGUAGUGAAGGAGAAAACACAGACUCUAUCUAUUAAUGGCGGCUACAUUUGGUAAAAGUGUACAAAUCUCACUUUCAUGGAUUCCACAAUGUAAUGGAAAAUAUCCAGAAAAUGCUAUAACAGUCGGUGAUGGUAUUUAUGUAGUUCGAUCAAGAUUUAUCAAUGAAUUACUUCCUGGUAAACUGAUACCUAAACAAGGCAAAUGUUAUUGUUGCCAUAGUGGUGAAGAGAUCGAGUUAACUGAAUAUGAAGUACUAUGUGAUACUUCAUUGCAUGAACUUGGAAAAGGAUAUGAAUGGGUAAAGUCAUCUCAUGGGGGAUUUCCAAAACACUCAAUUAUUGCAGGAGUUGGUUCGGAUGGAAAACCAUUGUAUAUUGCCAAAGGAUAUGUUGAGAAUAAAUUAUGCGUUGGAAAAGUG